AUGACUAUUACUUCGGUGACAACCAUUCUACCCACCCGAUCUGCGGCCAAUUCGUCCGAAAAACCUGCCGCGAAACCUCCACCCGAGCUAUACGCAGCAAAAGACUUCCCCUUCAAGGGAUACCAGCCUCCACAGACAGAUGGGUUCGAGCGGAGCAAGGCCCAUCCCGACACCAGCGCUAUCGUCAUUGACAAUGGAUCACAUCUUGUCAAGGCCGGUUGGUCGUUCGAUAAAAGUCCGCGAUUCGUCAUCCCUCCCGUCAUGAGCCGUUACCGCGAUCGCAAGCUCAACCGCCAGUGCAACUUUGUCGGAUACGAUGCCUAUCUCGAUGCGACAACCCGCGGCCAGCUUCGCGGUGCCUUUGAUCCUGGCUCCAGCGUUGUUGGUAAUUGGGAUGUGAUGGAGGGUGUCUUGGACUACCUGUUUCUCAAAAUGGGUGUGGACGGUGCCAACGGCGGUGUUGAUCGACCUAUCCUUAUGACGGAACCGAUCGCCAACUUGGCAUAUCCGCGAAGAAUGAUGAACGAGAUCCUUUUUGAGUGUUACUCUGCGCCGUCGGUGUCCUACGGAAUUGAUUCGCUUUUCGCAUACCGCUACAACAAAGGAACGGAUGGAUUGGUGGUUUCCUCGGCACAUACAUCUACACAUGUCAUUCCUGUGCUCGGCGGGAAACCGCUCCUGUCCAACUGCACCAGGCUCAAUUGGGGUGGCCUGCAAAAUGCCGAAUACCUUAUGAAGCUCUUGAGGUUGAAGUAUCCCACCUUCCCGGGAAAGAUCACGGAUAACCAAAUGGAGGACUUGGUGCGCAAUCAUUGCUACGUAUCGCAAGACUACGACCGCGAGCUGGGCGGAUAUCUUGAUUGGACGGGCCUGGAGGAUCGCGACCAUGUCAUCCAGUAUCCAUUCACCGAACACAUCGUUGUGGAAAAGACGCAAGAGGAACUCGCCCGGAUUGCAGAACGGAAGAAGGAGAGUGGCCGUCGACUACAAGAACAAGCAGCGAAGAUGCGCCUUGAAAAACUGGUGAAAAAGGAGCAGGAACUGGAGUAUUGGAAGGGCAUUCAGCUGGGCUUGCAGUCUGAGACAAAGAAGGAGAUUCGUCGGAUACUGGAGGCCGAAGAACUGAAGGAUGAGGCUCAUCUCGAGCGGAUGAUCCGCGACCUGGAGAAAUCCAUCAAACGUUCUCGCAAUAAGGAUCUUGGUAUUGAGGAAACCGAAGAGCAGCCCGAGGAGAUGUCCUUCCCGCUGCUUGAAAUUCCCGAUGAACAGCUCGAUGAAGCUGGUCUAAAGGAGAAGCGUCACCAACGCUUGAUGAAAUCAAAUGUUGAUGCACGAGCGCGUGCCAAGGCCGAGAAGGAGCGUGAAAAGGCCCGUGUUGAAGAGGAGGAGCGCCUUGAUCGAGAGAAGCGGGAAAAUGACUUCGAUUCUUGGAUUUCUGAACGGCGAGCUAAUCAUCAGUCUAUCCUGCAACGAAUCAAGGACCGCGAUCGCAUGACGGCGGACCUCGGAAACCGAAAGUCCCUUGCCAGCCAGGCUCGUAUGAAAACUCUGGCCAACUUGGCGUCCGAUGGUCCCAAGAAACGCCGCCGCGGCGCAGAAGAUGACGACUUUGGUGCCAACGACGACGACUGGGGUGUUUACCGAACCGUUGCGACCGGCGACCAGAGCGACGAAGAGGAAGAGGAGGACCUAGGUGCUAUGCUCAACAGCGCCGAGGCCGAGCUACUCCAAUUCGACCCCGACUUCACUGAGAACCACACCCUCGCCGCACAGUCCGACUGGACUAAGAGUCUUGUCCAUGGCUUCCUACGUGGUCCCUGGCCCUUUGAUCCGGAAAGCCAACGAGAGGCGCACCAGCUCCACUUGAAUGUGGAACGUAUUCGGGUCCCUGAAGUUGUGUUCAAGCCCUCUAUCGCCGGCGUAGACCAGGCCGGCCUGAUUCAAAUUGCCGCCGAUAUUGUCAACCAGCGUUUCUCAGGUACCGAGGACCGUGCCCGUCUCCUGAAGGACGUCUUCUUGACGGGUGGUAACACCCUUUUCUCCGGAUUUGAGGACCGGUUCCGUAACGAACUCCGUGGAUACCUACCCAUUGAUGUGGAGUUCAAUGUGCGACACGCUUCUGAUCCUGUCUUGGAUGCUUGGAAGGGAGCGGCACAGUGGGCUUCUGGAGCUGAUUUCGCUCGAUCAUCUGUGACUCGACAAGAAUACUUGGAGAAGGGCAGCGAGUAUAUCAAGGAGCACGAUCUUGGUAAUGCCACAUGGUAA